AUGGCAAGAACUAAGCAGACAGCUCAAAAAUCUACCGGUGGCAAAGCUCCCCGUAAACAGCUCGCCACUAAAGCGGCUCAUAAGAGCGCUCCUGCCACCGGUGGUGUGAAGAAACCUCAUCGUUACAGGCCUGGUACUGUAGCUUUGCGCGAGAUUCGUCGCUACCAGAAGUCCCCCGAGCUACUUAUCUGCAAGUUACCUUUCCAAAGACUAGUGAGGGAAAUCGCCCAGGAUUUCAAGACCGAUCUUCGUUUCCAGAGCUCCGCCGUUAUGGCUCUACAGGAGGCUAGUGAGGCUUGUACCGCUCUCAGCUCCGGCACGAUUAUAAUAAUUAAAUAA